AUGUCGUCAUCGUCCACAGCAGUGAACUCUGUAAAUGUGAGUCAAAAAAAAAUAAAGAGGAAGAAAUUAAAAAUAAGAGAAAAGGAAGGACGAGGCAAUACAAUGUCUAAUCUAAAUGAAAACUUCGAUAAUAACCCUACUAGUGCAAGUGUAAACACAAAAGAAAGCAGUGUUAAUUAUUACUCAUUAAAAUAUGUUAUAUCAAAGCAGGCAAUAAAAAAUAGCAUAGAUAGACCCACUAAAAUGUUUUUUAUGAACAAGGAAUAUGCAAAUAAGAUGAGCUACUUGAAAAAGAAUAGAAGAAAGAUAAGCUUAAAAUUUAACAAGUCUUCUGUUCUAUCCAUAAAAUCUAAAAUAAAUAAAAUCAGCACAUUACUCAAGAGCGGCAUAAUCAGCGGCACGAACAGACAUAUAAUCAGCGGAAUAAGCAGUCGCAUAAAUAGAAGCGAUGAACAUAGCAAAGGUAGUGGCAAAGGUAGUAGCAAAGGUAGUAGCAAAGGUAGUGGCAAAGGUAGUAGCAAAGGUAGUGACAAAGGUAGUGGCAAAGGUAGUGGCAAAGGUAGUGGCAAAGGUAGCAGCGAAGACGGUGUAAAGCGGGGGUGCAAGCCAGGUGAGGAAGGCGGAAACCGCAAAUAUAAGAAGAUCUCAUCUAGAAAAAAAAUGAACGAUAUAUCGAAACUUAAAAAGUGUAGACAAGUAAAGCUUUUAUGGAAAAGCAGAAAUAUGAACUUAUUUCUAAAGGGUAAAAAAGGAACCCUCAAAAGAAGUAAACAUUAUGAUGUAUCGAAGAAUAAAGAGGGGGCAGGUACAAUCCAUUCUUCUAAAAGUCACAGUUACGCAUUAAACGUGUCAUUAUAUAGAGAGAAACAAGAUGAUAAAACUGGUGGAGGUGAUGAUAAGAAUUGCACGUACGUAAAUUUAACUAGCGCAACUAGCCAUACUAAUGUACUUCAUCACAAUGAAGAAUGUUUUGGGCACAGUUACUCUGAUGAAAGUGUUAUUAACAGUUCAGAAAAAAUGAAUAUAUAUUAUAAAGAUAAAGCUGUGGUAAAUGAUGAAGCUACUGUAGCUAGCACAAGAGAAGAUAUCAUGUACCAUGGUCUUCUUAACGAUGAUAUAGGUCCUAAUCGAACUGAUAAAAUUUCACAUGAUAAUGAAUAUGCUCAAGGGGAAGAGAGCGAUCAGUACAAUGAUGGCGGUGCUAAGCCUGUGGAUGACAAUAAUCCUGUAUACGAUGAAUGUUAUAAUGGAAAAUUCCUUUGCACUAAUAAUGCUGGUCUGACCGAGCAGGAGAUUGACCAUAGAAAUUAUGAAAACAGCUUUGAUAAAAAGAAUUCCUAUGAUGAAAAUAGCUUGGGUGAGUAUUCGAAUAUGUCUAACGAGGAAGACAUAAUAUAUGAUGAUACAAAAAAGAACGAGGAGGCAAGUGAAAUUUUGAAUGGUUAUGUUACAUACAAACGAUAUAUUUUGAAAUGUGAAUCAAAUAAUAGGAACAAAAUAAAUCAAAAUACGAAUAACAUAAGAGGCAUAGAAACAUCUGGACAUACAUACAAUAGUGAUAUUAUAAGUGCUGAUGAGAUGAAAUAUUAUUAUGAUGAUAACAUAGAAGAUAAGAUUAUAUCUCUGAAGGAAGCCUCUGAGAGUAUAGGACCGAAUGAUAUAUUAUACAUGAAUGGUAACUAUGAAAAGGUAGAUCAUUUUAAUUAUGUGUUAGACGAAUAUGUAGAAGGAGGAGACUACAACAACGUAGCUCGGAGAAGUGAAAAUGCAUUGUAUGUUCAGGAGAGGGAAAAAGGAGAAGAAAACAAUAAUGGCAGCAAUGGUAGCAAUACUAGAAAUGGUAGCAAUGGUAGCAAUACUAGAAAUGGCAGCAAUGGAAGCAAUACUAGAAAUGGCAGCAAUGGUAGCAAUGGCAGCAUCUGCAAUAGUAACGGGCAGUACAUCAGUUCGGAUGAUCUAGGGGAAUCCUGUUCUCAUCUUUCCGAAUCUUUUAGCUUAAAAUGUUUACCCGAAAUACCUGAAGAUACGAAUUUGAUAAGUAGUAGUGACAAUGUGUGCAGUGUACAUAAUAAAAGUUUGCAUUCUUCCUUUUCGAAUUUCAGUGCCCGAAGAAGUGAAGAGGUCACUUUAGAUGUUUACGCUAUGAACGAAGUAAACAUUUUUGAAAAAGGAGAUCCAACAUGCUCGUUGCACAUCAGUGGGUUAGCAGAGUCCUAUGUAAAAGACAAAAAUAUCGAUCGUGUAAACGGUCAUGUUAGAGAUCAUGUGGGAGAUUGUGCCGACAUUUCGCAAAGCCACAACAAUACAGCUGCUACUACAAGAAAAAAAAAAAAAAAAAAAAAUUGUCCUGGCAUUUCGUCAUUUCUACAUAAUAGUAAUAGUGAUGGUACAGAGGAGAAGCUAACAGAUAAAGAAUCUGAUACAUAUAAAGUUUGCGCUAUAUCAAACAACGACAAUGUUACAUUAUAUAGGCAGAGUAUUGUAUACCCCUCUGCAAAUAAUAAAAUAUAUAAUAACCUAAAAAAGAACGCAAUGAACUACUCAAUAAAUAUCAAUGAAAAAAAAGAAGAAUUAAGCGCGAAUAGGAUGUCUCAUUCAGAUAACUACUUCAAUGCAAGUAUGACAGCUGAGCAUGCACAUGAUUGUUCUAAUGGUACAAGAGGUUGUCAUUGCGUUGAUGAUGAAGUUGCUGGACGUAGUUACACGUCCACGUGUUUAUGUAAAAAUGGAGGAGCGGAAAAGGAAGCAGACCAGGAAGUCGAGGGGAAAUUGGGCAGAGAAGGGGAAGGAGUAGAAGGACGAUUAGACGGCGUAGAUAAUAAAUUUAAAAAAGAGAGCGGUUUCCUUCACGCCAAAGCAUUUUCGACAUACUCGUUGAACAGCGAAAGGGAUGACAACGAUGUGAUAUGUGCAAUGCAUUUUAAUAGUUUAGAUUACUUAGGACCGCUGCAAGAAAGAGUGAGGUCAACAAGUAAUAUCAGUUAUAUAAAUGCAAAGAGUGAGCGGAGUUAUUCAUUAUGUGCAGAAACGGUUAAGGAAGCAUUGUCCAAUGAGGCAUUGCCUAAUGAGGAAUUGUCCAGUGAGGCAUUGCCUAAUGAGGAUUUGUCCAAUGAGGAAUUGUCCAGUGAGGCAUUGCCUAAUGAGGAAUUGCCUAAUGAGGAAUUGUCCAAUGAGGAUUGUCCAAUGAGGAAUUGUCCAAUGAGGGAUUGUCCAAUGAGGCAUUGUCCAAACGAAGCGGUUCCGUUAAAGAAGCAGCACUGCAACAUGAGAGUUCCCCAACAUGAUGCGCAAGUAAGGGAAGAGACAAAUGAUAAUGACGAUUUUGAAGAGCAAAUUAUUGGUGUAUAUGAUGUAUGCGACAACAACGAAUGCUUUGUUCAAAUAGCACCCAGUUUUGCUCCAGUUAAUUAUUUCAAUGAAGGAAGGGAGGAUAGAGAUGAAUCUCUAAAAAAAUAUGAAGAGAAUAAUAAUUAUAUGAGUAGCAAUACAUAUAUAGAUCAACAUUUUGAAAAGGAUCACAUAGAUAUUUUAAAUUUGUCAAAGAAUUUAAAUGAGUAUGAAAAUUUUGAUCAUGGUGAGCAAGACGACAUACUGCAUUGGCCAAAAGGAUGCCUAAAGAAAUAUGUUCACAAAUUAACUGAUCAUAAUGAUGGAAGUAAUUCAUCCGAAAUGGUAAAGUGCACGGGUAAUACCCAGGAGGCGCCUGGAGAAGUAGACAUGGUCUGUCGAGGGAGUGAUAAAAAGGGUAGAAGUAGCAGCAGUGGAAGCAACGAUGGAAGUAUGGACAGAAGCAUCGAUCGAGAAAUCGAUCGAAAUAUCACUGAUCGUAACAGUAUCUGGGGGAUGAGCCGUGUGAGAGACGCUGUAUACUCCCCUUUCUCCAGAAAAAGCAAGAACCUUUAUAGAAAUGACGAAAGGGACCUGUCAGCACAUGAAAAUGCGCAUGUAACAAAUAUGUUCGACGGUUUUUUUAAAAAAAUUUAUAAAGAUAAAACGAAUGAUAGUUCCUGCUAUUCCAUGGUAGAAGAGGUAAAUCUAAUGAGUAAAAAUAAAAGUAGCCACUUCCUUUCAGAUGUGGACACAAAGAGUAAGAAGCGCUGUGGAAUUUAUACUAUCAGAAGUUACAGCAUUAAUAACGCAAAGGGGGAAAGGGAGGCGGAUAGUACAAACGAAACGAGUCGUUCGAAAAAUGCAAUUAGUGAAAGAGGACUACCUAGGGACUCAGCAGAAGUUAGUACUAAGAAUAGUAAUGAAGGAAGACAAAUGGAGGGGGGAAAGAAAAGUAUAUUUUUAGAUAAAAUAAAAAAAAAUAAAAAAUGUGCUCCCCAAAAAAAAAGCAGUCAAAAGGAAGCAGAAAAAAUGUAUCAAGAUGCUUCCUUGAAUUUUGGAGGAGGAACAAACAGUGUGUUGGAGAAAUCGAGCCAGGUGAAUAAUACCUUAUUAAAUGAAGGUACAGAAAAAAAUAAAAAAAAAUUAUUUAAAAGUAAAAUAUUUGAUAGUUUCAAGAAGCUGAUGAGAAGAAAGGAGGCCAGUAAUAGCAGUGAGCGUAACGCGUAUUGUGAAGAGGAAAAUGCUGGAAAUAAAAACAAGGAAUAUUACCCAGGUGAGCAUGAUAGGGGUGAAGAGAGUAACAUUACUGUAGGUCCAAGUGCCUGUAACGAUGAAAAUGAUAGAGGUGAAGAGAGCAACAUUACUGUAGGUCCAAGUUCCCAUGAUGAUGAAAACGAUGCAUACAAUAAAGAGCCAUAUAACACAUGCGAACGUGACAAGGGUGCAAAUGAGGACACGUUCUGUACUACUGAAUUUCUAAAGAAGAAGAAUUACGACGAAGGAACAUAUGACUUAGUGGAAUACAAAAAAGUAAGUAGUCAUCAUGACGACGUGAUAGCCAUAGGGAAAAAGAGAUACAAAAAUAGAAGGAGCUUUUCACUGAAUAGCAUUCAUAUGUACAAAUUGGAUGGUUACAAUGUAAGUACAUGUAUGGAUAAUAAAGAUAUUUUAGAUGAUGAGAAGUGGUUUUUAAAGGAAAAUAAAAUGAAUUAUAUGCAAAAUGAAUCAUAUGAAAAGGUCUAUUUAAUUAAACAGCACAUGCAUGAAUGUAAAGUACGCUAUAAAAGUAAUGCAAACUUUGAAAAUAAAAAAAGGAGCAUUCAUUUUAUUAGAGAAAGGAACAAUGAAUGUAGAAGAAAUCAAACAUAUAGUUUUGAUAUGAAAAAAAUAAGAAAUGAGGACUUAAGACUUACAUAUAAACAAAUAGACCCUACGAAUGGUAAUCAUAAUUCUAAUGAUAAAUUUGAGAGAGGUAACUCACUGAAUGAUGAGAAAAGGAAGAAUGCAUCUCAUUGCCUGAACAAUAAUUGUGCAUAUAAUAAAUGUAGAGAAAAUUUAAUAUCAGACAGGAAAGACAACAUAAAUAAAAUAGAUAAUGUGGUGCAAGAAUUUAUACACAGUAUAGAGAAAUUGGAAAGGGGGGCCAAAGGGGAAGGCGGAGAUGGCGGAAGAAGUAGAAUCGGAAGGGACAAAGAAAAUGGGAUUAGUAGAAUCUCAAAUGACGAUGGAAAUGCUCCUAUGUGCAAUGAUGAAGAAUUAAGAGGAAAAAAAAAAAAUAAUAAAAUUAACAAUAAAAAUAAUGAAGAGAUUCAUUUAAAUAGUGACAGAAUCCAAUGCAAUUUUUCAGUGAAUAUAUCCCAACAUUGUGAAGAAGAGACAGAAAAAACGUAUAAGCCAAUAAUGAACGAAGAGAAUGAUAAAGACGUGUUAAAUGAUAAUAACAUAAGUGUACAUUUGAACGAUAUAGAAAGAGGAAAACAAUAUACAGAGUCCUAUAUUGAGGAGGAAAAUUCUCAUGGAGGAAAUGUAUUAACAGGAAUAAAUAAUAAUAAGAUAAAUAUGCAUAAUAGUGAUAAAGAUACUUUAGUAAGUACAUAUAAUGCUUUAAAACACGAGUAUGACAAGCUUAGCAGAGAAAAUAAUAUUCUAAAAAGUGAAAUUAAUAAUUGGAAAAAAAUCAAUAACAUAUUAAGAAGAGAAAACAAUAACAGUAACGACGAAAUUAUCAUUUUAAGGAACAAGAAUGAAAAGUUGAGCGGUGAUAAUAACGUACUUGUGAGCCAGAGGGAUGAGCUGCAAAUGGAACGAGAUGCAUUGCUGACCGAGCGGAAUGAGCUACAAAUAGAACGGAAUGAACUGCAAACCGAACGGGAUGAACUGCAUACCGAACGAGAUGAACUACAAACCGAACGAGAUGAACUGCAAACCGAACGAGAUGAACUACAAACCGAACGGGAUGAACUACAAACCGAACGGGAUGAACUACAAACCGAACGGGAUGAACUGCAAAUUGAAAUGGGGAACAUUAGAAGAGAAGUUGAGCUCCUUUCGGGAGAUAAGGAGAACCUGGUGAGAGACAAAAUGAACAGCAUAUUAAGAAUAAACAAUUUAGAAGAGCAGGUGAACAAACAACAUAUUCGUAUUAGGGACUUAGAAAAAGAUCUCGAGCAUAGAAAUAAAGAGCUACAACUAAAGGAAGAAGAAAUUAAUAGUCAGAAAUAUUUAAUAGAUGAGGUGAAGAAGGAAAAAAAAAUGAUCGAAAACGAGUUAAACAUACUUAAGGAGAAAAGUGAGAAGUCCAUGUAUAAACUUAAGAGAGACAUGCGAGUGCAGACAGAAGUGGAUAAGAUAAAAAGCGAAUUAAAUUGUACAGAUGAAGGUAUUAGUGAAAUGAAAAUAAACGAGCACAGCUUGAAGACAGAAAUGGAGUACAUGCAAAAUGAGACCAGUGCAGCUAAUGAGGCUAAUGAAGCUGCGGAUGCAGAGAGGACAAAUAGGAUAAAUAGGAAGCCUGGACAAGUAAGUAAUCAUAAUGAUCAAGUUGAUAAUUUAAGAAGUGAAACAUAUCAUAUGAAAGAAGAAAAUGAUUUAAAAAAAAAUGAACAACGGGAACUACUACUAGUAGAGCAAAAUGGUGAAUUAGAAAGUAAAAAUUUUAUUAGUGAAAAAGAUGAAGAAGCAAUUGUAAACAAGGGUAUAGAGAACAGUAGUGAUAUUUCUUCCUAUUUGGACAAGUUAGUUAGUUGUAAAAACAAUAACAAUGAGUUACAACUGAAAAUUGAUAGAGAUAGUUUACUUAAUUUAUUUAGUCAAAGAGAAAUUGAUAGAGAUUUGCGAAGUGAUAGCUGCAAACAAUUUUUAGAAAUUAAAAAAAAGGAUUUAUUAACAGUUGAUGAUCAGCAGAGGAAACUACGUAAGCUACUAAGCUUUAAAAAUUAUGACGAUAUAUGUAAAGAGCUAAAUAAUUUAGAUAUAGAUGACUUACGAGCAAAAUGCAAGGAUAUGCUAAAAGAGUACUUAUACUUAGGGAUGAUAAUACGUGAAUAUGAAAAAAGCAAUGUACGCCUAUUUCGAAAAAAUAAAGCGCUAGGUAGGAAGGUAACUGAGUUGAGAGGAUUUCUGCUAUGUGGAGCAGCGGCCAGACGCGGGAGUAGGCGUAGUAUGCGUGGUAUGGAUAGUAUGGAUAGUAAGCAUAGUGUACAGAAGGACGAACUGAAUUCUUCAAAAAUGGAGUUGUUAGAGAAGAAGGAAAACACACAUGAUGGGGAAAACGAAAUACUGGUACCAAGUGGGUCCUUCAAAACGCGCAAAAUGAGGCAAGACACUGUUAAACAUGGGAACGUAAACAACUACAAAAAUGUGUGCAUUGAGCUAGAAAAAGAAAAUAGGAAAUUAUAUGAUAAGUUAGAUCAUAUUUUGUGCAAAUUGUUAAUAGGAAAAGAGAAAAAUGAAGAAGAUUCCAUUUACAAAAAAAUUCUGAACAAGACAGGCGAAAUAGUAAAAAGUGUCGACAUAAUAAAUGAAGAACUAUCGAACUUUAGGGCUAAAAAAGCAUCCAAUGAAAGUUCUGUUUUUGACUGCUCAAAUAUACUCAUAUGUUUGAACUCCAUUUCUGUUAACAUUUUGUUUAUUAAUUCGAAUGUUUCUUUAAUUAAUGAAAUUAUAAGUGAAAAUAAAACAUACUUAGAUGUUCAUAAAAUUAAGAGCUCGCUUUUUAGCAUGUCCUUAAGUGAGGUAGACUGCUUAAGUAGGAUGCCAGAUCAUAUUUUCUUCACAAAAUAUGAUGAUGAGACGGACGAAUUAAUAGAAAUGGAAAGGAACACAAUAAAAAGGGAAAAGGGCAUACUAGAAAGAGAAAGGGACGCAAUAGAGAUGGAAAAGGAUGUAACAGAGAGGGAUGUAACAGAAAGGGAUGUAACAGAAAGGGAUGUAGCAGAAAGGGAUAUAACAGAAAGGGAUAUAACAGAAAGGGAUAUAACAGAAAGGGAUACAACAGAAAGGGAUAUAACAGAAAGGGAUAUAACAGAAAGGGAUAUAACAGAAAGGGAUAACAGAAAGGGAUAUAACAGAAAGGGAUAUAACAGAAAGGGAUAUAACAGAAAGGGAUAUAACAGAAAGGGAUAUAACAGAAAGGGAUAUAACAGAAAGGGAUAUAACAGAAAGGGAUAUAACAGAAAGGGAUGUAAUAGAAAGGGAUCUGUUAAAUGGUUUAACGAAAAUGAGGAUGACAUAAACAAAUGUACAAAAUUCAAUAGUUUGAAAAAAACAGCACAAUGCAAAUAUGACAGGAAAAAUUCAAAAUAUUUUAUUUUUAACGAAAAAAAACAUAUGGUGAUGACUUGUUCAGGUGAAAAACAAAUUGAAGUUAUUUCCCCAAAUUGGAUCGAAAAUUUUAUCACAUUUUUUGAAAUAUGUUUUUCUAGCGAUUUAUUUCUAAUUUUGUCAGUAACAUGUAAAGGUAUUAACGAAAUAAAUGCAUAUAUAAGACGAAACGAAAUACAGAAUUGCAAAAGAAGUAUAUCAAGAAUGCUAAGUUCCAUUGAUGAAAUAAUUAACUAUUAUAGGGAGGAUGGAAAUACAUGUUUCCUUGAAUCCUUUGUUGGCUUAUUUUCUUAUUUUAAAAAGUGCUUCCAAAAAAUGGAAGAUAUAAUAGAACAAGAAAAGAAUAAAAACAGAAUGUGGGAAGUGAUGUAUGGAAUAUACAAUUUAAAAAAAAUUGUAAGGUUUGUUUUAUAUACCUUUUUCAAUUUUCAUCAAGUAUAUGCUGCUUUUUUUAUGAACGAAACGAAGUAUUCAUUUAUUCGGAACCACAGCUUGUCUUCUUCAACAUCGAACAAUAACAUUACGAAUGGACUAGCUAAUACGAAGGAGUUCAAUCACAUAGAAGAAGAAAAAGAGGUAGAAGAAGCAGAACAAGUGAAAGAUGAGAGAAAAAAAAAGGAAAAAAAAAAAAGCAUAUCAGAUAUAGCACCCUUUAACACGUACCACAGUACAGUUAGUGCUACAACUCUGUGCAAUAGCAUACACAAUUUGAGGCAUUCUAGGAAUUAUUCGGAAAGGAACUCCUGGGGUACAUACUGGUAUAGCCUAAACAACGACAUAACAAAUUAUGUGAGCAUGAAUAGUUAUUCUUAUAGAGGAGUUACUGGAACCAAGAGAAAGAACAAGACUACUAGUAGUGAUAAUAUUUCUAACCAUGGUAAUUUAAAUAUUCUAAAUGGAAAGAAUGACGAAUCGUAUGUAGACUGUAUACAACAAGUGGUGAAUGAAAUUAUCGAGUUUAACUACAACUCUCAUGUGAUUCCUUGCUUAGUAGCAAAUUACGCUGAUGAGAUAGGAUUAUAUCAAUGGGAAUAUAACGAAGGAAGUGAUACUUCUUUAUCCGAAAAGAAGAAUUACCCUUUUGAUAUUAUCAAAAAUAUUUUAGAAAAAAUGAAACUGAGCAAUUUGUUUGUGAAUAGUAGCGAUUUUAUUGAAUAUGUUGAAGAGAAUAUGUUAAAAACGAGGUUAUUACAUAAUUUUUUUUUUAAAAAAAAUUAUAUUAUCAAUAUUGAUAUAGUUCACAAAUAUUUAAGUAUAAGGUUUAUAUUAAAUAUUGGAGUAAAUUAUGACUAUUUUUAUCAGCAAUUUUUGUCUAUUCUAACAAAUAUUGUCAUGCUGCCAACGAGUAAUAAUAAGUGCAGGAGCGUUGAAUGCACCGUUAGCGGUACAAAUAUGUUUCUUGCCUCAAGGUGUAUGAGUUUCCAUAAGGAUAUGUGUAAAAAAGAUACAAAUGACAGUACUAUUAAAAAUUGCAGUUGUAGUGGAAGACGUAAUAGUAGUAGAGACUGUACUAGUGAUAGACUUCAUGGAUGCUUCUUGUUGCACAAUAAUGAUCCUCAUGAAAGGGGCUCACUGCAAAAGGAAUACUCAUCGAAAUGGAAAAAUAUGCACAAUGCACAUAAUACAUAUUCUGGAGAUGCUGGGGACGCAGGUGAUGAUGAAUACAGUAAUUUAAGUUACCCAUUGUUAGAUGUAGACAAUAAAUUUAUGAGCAUACUAUUUCAUAUGUGGCAAAGAAUUGAGAUGAAAUAUUUCUCAAAGUUGAACAACACACGUGCCAAUACUUGUUCACGUACUGGUAAUACGAACAUAUAUAAGAUUUGCAAUUUGAAAAGUUCUCUACCCAGCAGAAGUUACUCUACAAGUCUAAAAGGACUUAGCAGUGCGAACAACACACCAAACCUAAAAAGGCUUAGCAGUGCGAACAACACACCAAACCUAAAAAGGCUUAGCAGUGCGAACAACACAUCUAACCUGAAAAGGCUUAGCAGUGCGAACAACACAUCUAACCUGAAAAGGCUUAGCAGUGCGAACAACACAUCUAACCUGAAAAGGCUUAGCAGUGCGAACAACACACCAAACCUGAAAAGGUAUAGCGGUGAGCAAGUACCAGAAAAGGGCAUCCUUCAUCCAUGUAUACAUAGCUCCCUUUAUCAUUACAAUAUCGAGCGAAAGGAUGAAGAAAAAGGUAAUGGUAAAGGAGUUUCUUCCAUAUUAAAAGAAACCGAAUCGUUAAAGAACCCCACUGAUCGUAAUUAUUCCAUAGAAACAUACUUGAAGCUAAUGAUUCUUGACAUCUUUGAAUGUACAAAUGAGGACAAGCAUAUAGGAAUCGACGAUUUUGUUGUUCUUUUUAAACAAUUGCAUAUCCAAAUUAAAACGAGCAUAAUAUAUACUAUCUGGUGUAUUAUAACUGGGUGCAAAAAUGUCAACACAGCGUUAAAGGAAAAGGUACCACUCUCUUCGUUUAUUAAAAAGGCAUAUACAACUAACCCGUCCCUAAUAUUUUACGAGUACUGCAAAAUGAAGGUGAAACUUCGAGAAGCAAAGAAAAACAUCAAGCUGCUCCAGAAAUACAAAAAAAAAAUACUCCUUCUUGUAGCAAAUUAG